UUGAAAUGUUGUUGAAAUAAGAAAGAUUGUGAGAUGUUAUGUAACCUUGUCCAUCUUCUUCUCACACCUCAUCUUCUAUACCCAUUUGGCAUCACAGUAUCGAAAAUCGAAUCCUUGGUCGGAACAUGGCCACCUCCACCUUCCUCUGCCCCGUAGCUUCUAGCUUCUCACAAAAACCACUUCAAUCCACCUUUCUGCAUUCCUCCGUCAACCCUUCUUUUCUCACACUCAACAUUCUUCCAAAGAAAUUGAGGAAACCCCAUCAACUGAGAAGCCUUGUAGUGGCCAAAUCCAAUGGCAGUGAUUCUGCCGAUGUUCCUGACCGUUUAAUUUCCGCACUCUGUUACUUUUACCCUUUCUUCGAUGGCAUACAGUAUGGAAAGUAUGUAAUCACUCAGUUCUACCCUGUUCAGGCCAUUAUUCAACCACUGGUCCCUGCAAUAAGAGUUUUCAAGAGCUUCCCCUUUAAUGGGUUUCUAGUGUUUUUGACCCUUUAUUUUGUUGUGGUGAGAAACCCCAAUUUCAGUAGGUAUGUGAGGUUCAACACUAUGCAAGCCAUCGUCCUUGAUGUGCUGUUGAUUUUCCCCGACCUCUUGGAAAGAGGGUUUAAUCCCAGGGAUGGGUUGGGGUUGGAUUUGAUGAUGAGUUUGGAUAGCACCGUCUUCUUUUUCCUCUUGGUGUGCUUGAUUUAUGGUUCUUCUUCGUGCUUGGUGGGUCAAAUCCCCAGAUUGCCCAUUGUUGCUGAGGCAGCUGACAGGCAGGUUCUUUGAAUCAUCAACCCAUUAUUCAUAAUUUACUUGUAUAGCAAAGCAACUUAAGCCUAGGUAGUGGAGAAGUUUGCUUUUUCACUUCCGAAAUAGCUAUCCUAGAAACCUUCCACGAAACGAAUUUUAGUUGUUUGUUACAUUUCUGGAUUCUAGUAUGUCUUUCUAAAUCGGGAUUGGAUUAUUGCAAGACGAUGAGAAGCUUCCCUUUCUACAUUUUAAUUGAAUUCAAUGUUAUUUCUCUCU